GAACGGAGCAGGAACGGAGCAGGAACGGAACAGGAACGGCCUCGCUACCAACGGGACAGCCCGCAGCUCUCGCGAGACCUCGCCGGCUUGGUCGUCACGGCAACGGCGGCGGCGCCCGCUGCUGCUGCCCUCCGGCGGUAACAGUGGAUAUUUCAAGUGGGAGCUUGGAUGAAACUUCAAGGCCUGCAUCUAGCUGAAGACCUAAUUGUAGAUCUUUAAAUACAUCUAUGGAGUUACUAACACCAGAACCAUGUUUGCAAAAGGUUAAUUCACCUGUCACUUUGGCUGAUGGUUAUCAGAGGGGCAGUCUAGAAGAUUGCUGUCCAGCAGAAAACAAAGGUGAUGACAGAGGUAAAUCUGAUGUCCAGGAAGUAAGAACAGACCAGCAAACGGUGGAGAGUACGGGCAUCUCUCUUCAGCAGUGUCUCUGGAAUCCUGACGAGUUGUCAGGAUGUAGCUCAAAUUCAGAUUCUGAAGAUGAAAGCACUGAAACACAGAUGUUGAAAUUCUGUGAACCUUCCCCAGGACAACCAAGUAAUGCAGAAUCAGAUGUUACUUUACAAACUUUGAAAUCCAGUGAACCUGCCCCAGGAAAUCCAGCAGACUCUUCUGACUUGGAAUGUUCUGAAGACACAGAUAUAGAUGCUCAGAUUCAAGCAGCUGUAAAGAAAAUGAAUAAACUUGAUGCAAUACUUGAAAAACAGCAUUUUAAGGAAAAAGCAGUUAAAAAGCAAGGCAAAGAAAUGAGGGCAAUGCUCUGGGAGAAACUUCAGUCUAUCAGAACCACAGGAAGCCACGAGGAGGUAAAAAACACAAACCAGUUUUUAGAUUUGUUCUCAUCAUGGCAUGGUACAGCUGGUCCUUCCCAUGCUAAAGAAGAUGAACUAUGUACUUCAGUAUUUCACACACACAUGAGUCCUGGAGAUUAUGAUUGCCAUAAAACCCAAGAAAACCAGGAUUGUCCAAGUGAAUUAGAAACAGAAAAAUCAGCAGAAAAAAUGCAGAACAAAAAUAAAACCAGCCAGCAUUUCAUUAAAAAGAAUAUUGAGCUAGCAAAGGACUCAGGAAACCAAUUUGUUAUGCUUGAGGGAGAAAGGAAAAGACUAACUGAACUAUUGAAAGAUACAGAAGAUGGAACUGAAUUGCAGGAUCUUGAGGAGAAUGUCUGGCAGGCACCAGGAGAAGGGUACACACCUGAACCGAUGGAACUUCAUCUCCUGAACGAGAUAGAAAAUAAGCUUCAACUCCUACAGUCUAAUGAGGAGUGUCCUGCUCUUUCCAGCUCUAGCUCAAAAGGUCCGAGCCAGAUCUAUCAGGAGUCUCUGGUUUAUGCAAACAGAAGCCUAGAAACAGUUCCAGGUGAAAAGGUUCUGCGGGACAAUAAGGAAAAACGUGAUCAACAGAAUCGUCUGAAAGAAAUAGAUUAUCAGCUGGAAUACAUAGAGAGAAGUCUUACUGAAGAACAAACGAGCCUCUCUGAAGAGCAGCUUAAGACCCUUCUGGAAGAAUGUAUGCAGCCUCAGAGAACAAUAAGUAACGUUACCAUGCCACAGUCUCAGGAAUCUCUUUCUUUUGGAUUAAGUCCCCCUUGUUACACAAGUCAAGACUCCACUCUUCACUCCACAUCUAGUCUUUCCAAAAUGUUAGUUGAAGACCAUAUUGUAGGGAUGUUAAUGGCUCAGGAAAAGGCUGGACCCGAAGACAAAAGCUUAUGUGUUAAUACAGAGAGCAAAAUCCCUGGCUACUAUAUCAGCAAAGCACUGGCUGGUAGUCAUUUAUCAAAGGAUUCACUGGCCCAAACAGAGGAACCUGAUGACCUAGAAGGUUUACAGAAGAUGGAAGAUAAGAGUAUUACUGCAGGUUACUUUAUGUCAAGAGCACUCAACACAAAAAGAUUGAAGAAACCUUCUUUCUUGGGUGAACCAUUAUAUUGCAUCAGCAUGAACAAUGAGCCAUCCACAGAGGCUGACAUUCUCAGCAUACCACUGCAAACCAAAGGAGAUCAUGUGAACAUUGAAAUUUGAGGGGAGAGGGACAGUAUGCUUCUCUGCACAACUGUGUUCUGAAAGUGUAGCUAAACCUCCAGCAGUGUUAUUACACAGAUACAGUAUCAUAUCAAGCAACCUGAUGGGAAUAAAUUAUCAUAAUUGAAAAUGUUCCAUGAGUUGAUUUUUUUCUUUAGAGAUAAUUAUUAUUGCCAUUAUCAUAUAUCGUUGCAGUUUGAUUUCAAAAUAAACUCUUGCAUUUCAUUAAAUUUCCUGGGAGUGUUCUGCCUAAUAAAGAAAUGUACACAGA